CACCAAGUCUAACGCUGAAGCCUCCCUCGCCUACAUGAACGAGCGCGCCGAGGCAUGGGUUGCCCGACGGUUGCCCAGCAUCUUCAUGGACAUGAGUUUCAACGACUUCACUGACUGGAUGGAGCGGUGCGUGCCGUACCUCACGGGAGUCCUGAGGCGCCCCCAGUUCGACGUGAUCUUUGCCCUCGACAACCUUGCUGGUGACACGCGAAAGAGGCAUCGCACCGCCAUCGACAUCUGCGAAGCGAACUGGCACAAGUCCCUGUACAACGCGAGCGAGAAGAAGAAGCCGCGGAGCAUCGUGCUCGCCGUCGAUGGCUGGCUGCUGAUGGACCCGCUCGUGAUGAGGACCGCUGGCUGCCUGAAGAUAUUGCGCGGGGCGGAGAGGGCCAGCAACCGGGCCUGGACAACCAGCUACCGCAUGCACGUCAACCCGAACAUGCUCCAAUGCCUACUUGGAUGCCUGUGCAGCGAGAGCAAGCUCAACAUCGAUGACAUCACACACUACCUCACAUGCCCGCGAUUGUGGUCACACCUAUGCCAGCCUCGUGGAGUGAUUUCCGCGCACAUCCUUACGCGCAUGGGCCUCAAUGGUGAAGUCCACGACGGCGAGAACGACAUUAGACACGCCAUCGCGCGCAUGGCGGUGGCCUUCAAAAAGUACAACUUCCCCCGCGCCCAGAGCACCCUGACCGCCGAGCUUAGGGUCGCGGACAAGUCCAUCGACCAGUACUACAAGAACGCUGCGGCCGUGGCCGCCUCGCGACGCGCCCCGAGGCUUCCUUCCUGCCUCGUGGGCGGCGCGGGGCCGCGCGGGCGCCCGU